AUGUCGAGCGCAAAUAGCCAUCCUGGCUUGUCGUUCAGCCUGAGGCGAUCGUUCCCGCCGCCACACAACCCGACCAACAAGCCAUCCCCGUCGCUUCCACAACACGCGUCGCCGUAUCCACCGCACGCCUACCAACAUCAACACCAACAACACCCGCCGAGCCAAUAUCCUCAUCACCUCUUCACCCCGCCUUCCUCGCAAAUUCCCAACGUCGCCAGCCUCCAGAAUGGCGCCCGACCGCCGCCGUCCCAAGCUCCACCAUCGCUCCCCGGCCCACGCCAGCGUGCUCCCCCUCCGCGGCAAAUGCAACAGCAAACGCCUCCCAUCAGCUACCUCCAGCAGUCCCUGAACCCUCAGCCGAUGGGACAGCAGUCCAUGACGCCCCAGUCCAUGACCCCACAGCCUAUGACACCUCAGUCGAUGACGCCGCAAACCCUCAACCCGCAACCCAUGAACCCGCAACAGCUCAGCCAGGCAUCGCUGGGGCAGCAAUCAUUAGGGCAACCGUCUCUGAACCAGCAGCUCCAGCAACCCAUGAGCCAGCCACCCAUGGCCCCGUCCAUGACACAGUCCAUGAGCCAGCAAUCCCUCGGCCAGCAGUCCAUGCCCCCGCAGUCUAUGCCCCCGCAGUCCAUGCCUCAGCAGCCCAUGUCCCAGCCGUCGAUGCCACAGCAGUCGAUGACACAGCAGCCCAUAAGCCAGUCUGUGCAUUCGACUCAUUCGGCUCAUUCGGCCCAUUCAAACCACUCUGUCCAGCACAACGACACUGCUAGUAUACUGUCAACACCUCGCCCCCCAUCGCAACCCACGCUACCCCCGGCCCAACCGCAGAUGCCCAAGAUCCAGCAGGUACAGAAGCUACCGCAGGUCCAGCAAGUCACGCCAGUCCCGCGAGCACCACCUGUUCAGGAACAGGCGGUUGAACCCGCCCAGGAGAACCACCAGGAUGAUGACAUGGACAUUGGCAGUCACGAUGAGUCGGGAGAGAGAGAUCCGUCCCUCGAGCCCAAGUUGAUCGAUAACUCGCCCUUCGUCCCCCGCCAGCCCAUGGGUGAAGCGAUGACACCUCCCCCCGAAGGCGGGAGUUUUCCGACCUUGGAGGCCGUUCACAAGUAUGUGCUAAGUUACUGCACUUCUAAAACAGUCCCUGGGCUGAAAAAGGUGCUCCGCGUUAGCCCGGAGAUGCGCAAGCGCAAGACCACGUCCCGCAAGUGUGACUGCCCGUUCGGCUUCUUCGCCAUCGAGCAGCGGACACACCACAAGAAGCACAACCACGGCCCCAGCGAGAGCCCUCUCCUACACCCGGCGGCGAGGAAGCUGGACAGCAAAAUGGUUGCAGCCGUCAAGAAGUUGAAGGACGAUGGUGUAGGCGUGAGCCAGACAUUAGAGAUCUUGCAGACCGAGAACCCCCAUGUGCCCCUCCUCCCCCGUGACAUUUAUAAUGCACGGGCUGCCAUCAACCGCAAUCCCCAAAAGGUCGCUACAGGGCUGGCGGAAAACCGACCAGCUAUUUAUAGCAAGCCGCACCCGUCGGCCGAGGAGCGCAUUCGUGCCGACCUCCGUCGGGAGCUCGCAACUGCGCGAGAUGAUUUCGACAAGUUGAAGAAGGAAAGCGACAAGGAGAUCGACGAGCUCAAGGUGAAACUCCGCGAGAAGGACAAGAUCAUCGAGAAGUUCGAGCAGUUCAUCGAUAUCUGUAACCAGCGCGUCAUGGUCAGCCUUUCCAAUAAGGAGGACAGCCGCGCUGGCGCCCCUCCUGCCCCCUGA